CUGGCAGUGAAUGUCGAAACGCAGCUUAUGAAUAUCAACUAUAUAUAUACAGAUACGAAAAAUAAUUAUUUUGAAUAGAAAAAUAUAAAUGUCUUAAUAAAAUAAAUUAUUUUAUAUUAGAUAUAAAAUUUUCUACAAUUUCCGAGGAAAAAAUAUGUAAAGAAAUAUGACGCUAAUCUAUAUAUUUUUAUUCUAUGGUACCCGACUGAUAUCUCAACGGUUCUUAUUUAAAAGAAUCAAGGAAACAACGUUACUUUGAGUUAUAAUUUUAAGAGAUUGACACAAUUAUGUCGGAAAUUAAAGACGACCCACGAGAAGUUCUCGUUCUUCUGAAUUCGUUAGGAUUCGUCGGCAUUACGGCCACUCAACUAAAAGCUUUCAUGAAAGAUUUAAAGAUUUAUAGAAAGAUAAAAGAACGUGAGAAACAACAGCGAAGAGAAGAGAUGAAAGCAAAAAUAAUUAAUAAACAACAGGCUUUGGUCAAAGAAGCUCAAGGACAUUUAAACACAGACUAUCAUUCAAAUAAUAUUGCUCCUUCUGAAUCCUCAAAUUCUUUUGAUAAUGAAUCAUUGGUCAAACUUAGAAUAAGAUGUAUUCCUAGAGAGAAAGAUAUGCAAUAUCAAAAACAUUUUGAAGAAACUGUUAUAAAAUUAAAUGAGGAAUUGACAACAACAAGUCACAAGAAAGAUGUCACCCAAAAAUCUGAUAGAAUUUAUCAUCAAGAUCAUUUUAAACAUCCACAAAGUAAAAGUAAACAAAAUAUGUCUAAGUAUUUAGUAAAAGAGAGUCAUUUAACAGAGAAAUAUAAUCAUAAUGCAAGAUUAGAGGAGCAAGUAAAACCAGUGGUUUCAAUACACAAAUGUCCAAUAAAUGAAACUGUUUCAUCAGAUCACAUGACCAAGUCACGAUCAAAGAGUGCUAUAUCAGAACCAAUUGGAAAUGUGCGCACACAAAGUGCAUUAUCUGCAAGAUCAUCUGUUAAUUCUGCACAUAAAUCAUUUAUUCGACCAUGGAGGUUACAGCCAGAUGCCCAGAAAAAUGUAAUUAAUAAGAAAUGUGAUCCUGUGGCUCUUUAUCAAAAAUAUCAACAAGAAUGGAAGCAGAUAUCUUUCCCUGGAGAAGCAAAACACUUAAAAGUAAGAUGGGCUGUGCGAGAAAAGAUGCUUGGUGCAGAUCCACAUCCUAUACCACUUUCAAGGAAAUCUACAAGUAUGCCAAUAUUAAAGAAAAGGUGACAAUAUAAAGAGUAAAUUUAGAAGUCAAUGAAGAUUGGUUCAAUCAAAGUGAUAAGAAUCAGACUAUAUUUUAUUAUAUAUAUAUAUAUAUUUUUUUUAGUAAUACAGUAGAAUAAGUAAUAUUAAUUACAGUAGAGUAAGUUUUCCGUAAAUAAUAUUUAAAGACUUGCAAGCGUGUAAAAUCUAUAUCUAUAUAAAAAAUAGUUAAUUGUGUUGGGAACAGCUGUUCUUUAAUGUUGACUAAGUUUGAAUGAAGCUGAUAAUCGCUUGCUAUCUGGUCUGUUCAUUUGGUAAAGCAAUUUUUCUUCUAUUAACCUGGCUGCUUUUUCUGUAAGCACCAGAGUACUAUGUUUCAGCAUGCUAUACACAUUCAGACCUGCAUGUACAAGAAAUUGAUUAAAUUUUCAUAUGAAAUAUA